CUGUGACACAAUAGACAAACUUUUCCACUUUUUUCCUACACUAUCCAGAGAAGAACGGGAUUUUCCUAUUGCUUACGCUAUGCUGGUGCACAAAGAUGUUAUUCAGGUGAUGCUAUUACUCUCGGCCUUAUACCAACCUCAAAAUCAAUUUUGUAUAGCUGUUGAUGGGAGUAGUGAUGAGAAAUUUUGGAAUACCCUCAAAAAGUUGGCAAGCUGCCAUUCGAAUAUUCAAAAAGCGAAGAAGAUUGAAUGGUGCUCAUUCGAGAUUAUUGAGGCCGUCUUUGAAUGUGUUGUACGUUUGUCGAAAUCGGAGAAUCAUUGGAAAUAUAUACAAAUUAUGUCAGGAGUGGAUGCACCACUUAAAACGAACUUGGAAACUGUACGAAUCCUCAAAGCACUGAAUGGUUCGUUCAAUACUGAAAUUCUACCUUUUGAAAGAUAUCGACUACAUGGCAAAAGCGUAGGUCACCAUUCUACCUGGAAAGCGAGAAAUUUAGGUAACAUUUCGAUUAAGGCAAGGAACUCCCCGCUCCCGCUGGUAAAAAGUUCAAUGUCAGCGGUGUUUUCACGAAAAGCAGCUGAUUUUAUGAGCAGUAAUGAGGUGAAGAUCUCUGGCCAAACUUGCGCUUUGCUCUCCCCACUUGUCUACUAUGUCGGAGCUGCAAAGGAGUACAUAGUGCACAAACAGCUGAAAUUCCUGAAAGGCACAGUUUGCCCAGAUGAAUCGCUUUGGGCAACGAUAGCGGGAAAUCCUGGUAGACUUGCUAUGCCUGGUGGAUUUGAUGCCAACCAGUUUCUUAUGAAUAAAUUCGGCAAGAAUCAUAAAAAGUGGUGGUAAAU